GUCAAUUAAAAUGUUUGUCCUUUUGUUGAAUGUCUCUUCACUAGCAGACAUGUCCACCUCAGAGCGACGGGUCCUCUCAUCACUAUCUGUCCCUCUCUCAACGUGGGAGACAAACCCGUUCUCGAAGACAGUGAAUGAGAGACAACAGCACUGCCCUACGGGCACGGACGAGGUUGAAGAAAGCGCCGGAAGGUCUGCAGUGUUUGUAACCCAAGAUGAACGGGAUAUCUUCUCUCAAGAAGAAACUGCUCUGACUCUGAAUAACAGCGAGGAAGAAGAAAGAACAGCUCGGCAAAGCAGCGACUGCAGUUCUCCUUUGGGCGUCCAGGCGUUGGAGACCUCCGAAGCUUUUUCCACAUCUGGUCAUAGUCCUGCACCCUCCAGUUCAACGCAAAAAGUUGUGUACGUUUGUGCUCACUGCAAUGAGUGCUUUAUUUCCCGUUAUGAACUCCUGGAGCAUCAGGAGAUCCACACUGAGGAGACCCCUUACAAGUGCUCUCAAUGCGGAAAGACCUUUGGGAGGAGCUCAGAGCUGUCCAGUCACAAACAGGCACACGAUGUCUGCAUCGCAUGUGGUGAUAAAUUUCUGUCACUACAGGACACAUUUAAACACCGGUGUGCUCACACACCCAGUGACCAGAAGGUUGCCUGUUCCGACUGUGGCAAAAGCUUUAAGAAAACGUACCUAAAAAAGCACGAGCUGAUUCACACCAAGAAGCCGGUCUUCACGUGCAAAGAGUGUGGGGACAAGUUCUCCGCCAUGGGCGAACUGAGAUCUCAUCAGAAAGUCCAUCCUCUGAAGCUGUCCUAUCAGUGCGUGCAAUGUGGGAAAUGUUUCGGUUCCUCGUCAUCCCUGACAGCCCAUGAAUUACGCCACAGCCAGCCGAGGACGGAGGCUUGCGCGCUUUGUGACAAAGCCUUUAAGAACAAACAAGACCUCAAGAGUCACAUGCGCACUCACACAGGUGAGAGGCUGUUUCCGUGCACGUGCUGUGGGAAAGGAAACCUUAACGUACAUAUACGCCGGAACCACACAGGAGAGAAACCGUUCCUGUGCUCUUACUGCGGCAAAGCCUUGCAAAUACACAGACGCACCCACACCGGGGAAAGGCCCUACAAAUGCACCGUGUGCGAUAAAGCAUUCACCACGGCGAAGCGACUGAAGGAUCACACGCGCAUUCACACCGGGGAGCGGCCUUACGGCUGUUCCGAGUGCGGGAAGCGUUUUGCCACAGGCCGCCAGUUGAAAAGCCACGCCAUGAACCACACAGGAGACCGGCCCUUCGCUUGUCAGCUGUGUGAUAAAACCUACAUGUGUGUCAAUCACCUCAAGAGACACUUGAAAUCUCACAGUGUCCAAGCACAAUCUAUCUGCUCAUGCUCAAAUGACCUGUUCUUGCCUUUACAGUAAUCCCUCACCACUUUGUGCUUCGAAUUUCACAGCUUCACGCUGUCGUGGUUUUUCAAAAACAUAUACAAAUAUAUUAAUUCAAAAAUAUGCAUAUUUGAGCAAAUUAUACAUAUUUUAUUGCCUAAAAAGCAUUUUCAAGUAUAAAAAUGUCUAAAUGUUGUAAAAUACAAAUAUAAGGCAUUCAGAAGACUCAUUCUAAGAUGGGAUAUGUGGUAUUCUACACUGGUCACUAGGUGUCGGUAAUGUUACAUGCAGGAAGUACCGUACAGAACAGGAAGUAGAAAAAGAACAACAAAGAACCCAAUUCUGACCUGUGUGAGUAUAUAUUAUUUUAUCUUAUUUUCUCGUAUUAUCUCUACCCUGUUGGGUAAUAGGAGUGUAAAGGUGACUACAGUGGAACCUUGGUUAGCGUCAUUACUUUGUUCCAGAAGGUUUGACGUUAACCAUCAGAAAUUCCGAGUAUUGUCAUUAAUCCAUUCCAGAAAGGCGAAAAUGUUAAAAGAAAACGUGCUUUUAUAGUUUUACAUGCAGAAAACAAUGUAAACUGCAUAUAAAUGAUAAAUGAAAGAGAUAAAUGAAAAAUUAAGGUUACUUUGACCUAAAUUGAAGAUGUGAUUUGUGACUGAAAACAGGAAGGUGGUGGUGGUUGAUCUCACUGCCCCCAUUGUGUCUUUGAGAAGUCAUGUCUUCAGUGAAGGUAAAUGUUCAUUUAUCCCUUUCAGUCGGCAUUGUUAUGCAUUUAAAAUUGUUUUUUUGCAUGUAAAACUAUAAUUGUAACAAUACAAGGACGUGUUUUGUGUGAACAUUUUGGAGUCAACCGCUGAUGACCUCAUAGACGGGCGACGUAACUUCCUGUUUCGGUUGCCAUUUUGUUAAGCUUCCUAAUAGGAUGCGAACAAGGAGGGACGUUUUCAGAUUGGAAAAAAAUACAUUAAGAACACUGUUGAAUACGCAAAAUGUAUUAAUAACGUGACAAAAUGUGCACCAUAUUGUACGUGAAUUGAGGUAAAAUUGUGGCGUAAAUUUUUUACAUUAACUGGAAAACACGCUAACGGAGGUGGACGCCAACUAUUUUUAGAAGGUCAUAAACAGUUUUUACUGUUUACUACUUCUUGGAAAUUCACUUAUCACGGUCGGGUCUGGAAACGAGGGAUUACUGUACUUGUAGCGCUGUUGGGAUACUUGGAACACUUCUCUUUUGUUCCAUAAAGACUUACUCUGAUUUAAUGGCUGUUUUGUUCAACAGUUUGUGAGAUCUGCUAUAGGUAGUAUAGUACGUCAGCCAUAAGUGCCUGUGCCGGUUUGGGGGGGAUUGCACACAGGCUGAAUUCUUA